CGCCUUACUAGAGUCAGUUUUGACGAGAUACGUUGUAAACGGUUGUUGUUGGCGUUUUUGUUUUGGUACCGUGCUUUGCUGCGUUCGAAAGAAUUGCACGACAUUGCUAAAUCGUGCAGUUUUGCAUUUCUACUGGUCGCUUGAUAUCUGGACGGUUUGCAAACGAGCGGGGGUACGAAGGAAAAAAAUGUCAAACGUACGCAUUUCUAACAGUAGUCCUUCGCUGGAGAUAAUGGCAGCGCAACUAACAGGGCACCCGAAAUCUUCUGCCUGCAGAAACCUCUUCGGUCCCGUAGACCACGACUUGUUAAACCGGGAUUUACAGAAGCAACGGAAGGAGAUUCACAAACAGGAUAGAGAGAGGUGGAAUUACGACUUCGAGAGGGACAAGCCGCUGGAUGGCAAUUACAAAUGGGAAGCCGUGGAUAGUGAGGAUGUGCCUGAUUUUUACAGGCGUCCUCCCAGGGAGCAAGUGUCAUCAGCGGAUUGUAAUGUUGAUAUGAACGGGAACCCUACGAUAGUUUACAUAGGAACUCGGGUUCAGGGAAAUUCAGGGGACACACACUUAGCGAACCCAGAGCAAAAGGACCCGGUUAAAGAGACAACUGAACACCUAACAGACUCAAAAGAGCAGUGCAGUAGUCCCCGAAAACGAGCUGCGUCAGUCGAUGGUAUUCCAGAUGCAAAAAGGUUCAAUACGAAGACAGAGACAGACUGGUCAGCAAAUACUCCCAGUGUGGGUGCAUUAGAGAAGACGCCGAAAAAGACGAUUUCUCGUGGACAUCAAACAUAAAAGUCACAAGAUGCCAAGGUCCUCUUUUUCUUGUUCAUCUAUGGCAGUGCUUGCUGAAGGCUGGAUAACCUCCGGAAGGGACACGUAUCAUUCCCUCUCCCGGUGAGGAGAGCCCGAGCACUGAACUCAAGUGAACACUAAACCGCCCAUUUUAGAGUGGAUAUAGCGCUGUGCAAUUAGGUUCUUCCUUAUCACUUGGCUGAUUUUACUACCUGUGUAUAUAGGGUUGUUUUUGUAGCACAUAAACCAGUUUGGUGGGGGGAAGGGGAGGAGGAUGGAAACUUGUUCAGAGUUUAGAAAAUAUGACUUGAAUAGCAGAAAUGUAGUUUUCCAAUUCAGUUUUGAAACUGCCAAGUUACAAUACCUGUGUAUUGUAUGUUUAAAAAAAUAAAAAAAAUCUAAUGUACCUGUGUACAUAACUUUGUAAAGACACUGAGAAAUUAUACUAACUUAUUUAUGUUAUAAAGAAUUGAUGUUUUUUUUGAUUCUAGAAGAUAAUUUUCCGUUAAGCCAAAGUGGCAUUUUCCCUUGUGCAUUUGUAAAUGCUUUAAUGUAGAUUUUCCUUCUCCAUUUUUGCCUGUCAUAAUAUAAGGCUAUGCUUGAAAAGAGAAAGCGUCCUGAGCCAGGCUUGUACUCUGCCUUAAUAUUGGUUAUAUUUCUCAUUUUUGUUUUGUAACGUGUGAAG